AUGGAUAUCGACCAUAUGACUGACUACAUCCUUCUGUAUAGAGCUAAUCACAAAGGGGUCAGGUCAAGUGACGUUAAUUCAAAGUUGUCUACAUCGCAGAUUAGCUUCGAUUUAUUUUUAUUUACUAAUGUCUUUACGAAAAAAAGAAAGCAUUGGUUUAAACGUAAGCAAUCAUAUCCAAGUAAUGAGAAAAUUCGACCGACUACUCCAUUUUCGACGACGACGGAUUGGGUUACGCCCACCGAAAUUUUCGACAUAACCACUGAAGCAUUUAUAACAACGCCUGAGGAAGCUGAAGGUGAACAUAAAAUUGAAGAAUGUGGACCCGGUGAAAGUGCUUACAGCGAAAGUGACCUGAAAUCAAUCAUCAAUCAUAAGGAAUUAGAUAUGAAUAUUCAAAAAUCCUUGAAUGACAGUAACUUCCGUAACACAUCAAUUAUACUGAAAAGUUUUCAAGAAAAAUACAAAGUCAUCGAAGAUAGAUUUGAAAAUAGUCCUCGUCAUUUGAUUCAUAUUUUGGAUGACAUGGUACAGAUGCGAGCUAAACUUGAACCUUUGGUUAACAAAACUGUACUUUUAUUGAAACAGUUUCCUUCGUUAGAACGGGAUUUCAAUGCUGCGCUAAACGAAACGAAUAAGUAUAUUUUCAAUUUAGGGAAAUUAAAGAUUUUGUGUGAAUCGAACUGUGAAUUGACAGGAGUUCAAAACAGAAUGCUGAGCAAUAGACAACAGAUCACAAAAGACGAGAAGUUUUACUGUUCUACUUAUAACGAAAUAAAUAAAGUAAUAAUGGAAACGAUGACAGAAUUUCAACCAACAUUUAUCGCUGAAUUGAAUAAAAUACGUGAAGAAAAUGUAAAAAAUAUUGAAGAGAAAAGCAUACAGUUUUCAAUAAAACUUAAAGAGGCAGCGGUAGAAAGGUUCGGAGUUACAAUGCAUGACAUAUUGGGUCUUCAAGAUAACUAUGUCCACUUUUCGAAUUAUAUUCAAGAUUCUAAAAUAUCUGAUGAGCUACAACUAAUAAAACAAAAUAAUUUUCAUAUUAAUUCCAAAUUAGUCGACCUAGAUAAAAUGGUAACUAAAUACAGAGAAUACUGUCUUCAUUGUCACGAAAACCAUAUUAUCAGGCGAGCUGCCUUCAAGAUUGGCCCUAUACCCGACGUGAAUAAUUUAAACGAUAAACCAAAUACCGAACCUCCUAAAAAAAUUAUUGAAAAACUGCUACAUGAGAAAAUCUUAGAGAUAGAAGAUGUGAUCAAAGUACAGGACGAAGAAAAUUUUAAAUCCAUUUUUAAAUUAUUGGAUGACGAAAAAACUGUUGAAAAUUACUUAGCUAAAUUACAGCCGCUAAAGGAAGAUGUGGCUUUUAAAGUACAAAGAGAAAUUGAAAUUUUGGAUUCGCUACAGAAUGAAGUACCGAAGUCUUCUAUUGACAACGUAUCUGCGCUGACGGAAAAAACAAAAGAAACUUUGAAAACGAUAGACGACGCAUUGGAAUUCAUUAAUACUAGCAUCAAAUAAUUUGAUAAAAAGGUAACGGAUGAAAGGCUUGUAAUUCAUAAAUUAAGUGAUUUUUUUAAUUAAGAAAGCCAUUUCUAAGC